AUGUGCGCGCAGACGGCCCAGAGCCCCAUGUCCUCGGCAGCCAUGAAUCGGGAAGAUCACUACUACCCCUCGCAGGUGUUUAAAGACUCCUGCGUCUACCAGAGACAGCAGGGCGAGGACUACAGCCACAGCCCGCCGCCUUGCCUCUACAUGAGCAGGCAGGUGCACUCCAUCUACACGCAGCCGGCCAUGGGAGCCCUUGAGCAGGCCGGGCUCUGUGACAUCGCCCCCUCCUACAACCUGCCCGGCCUGCGAGAGGAGCCGGGGGUGCCACAGCUCCACCACCCGCAGGGGCUCCAGCAGCAGACCCUCCAGCCUGCCGCAGGCUAUGGAGACGUGGUGGAGCCGAGCAGAUAUCACCUCCCUUUCCCCUGGAUGAAAACUACGAAAUCCCACUCACACACCUGGAAGGGACAGUGGGCAGGUGCGUACGUGAUGGCUGAGACUGAGGAGAACAAGCGCACCAGGACAGCCUAUACGCGCGCACAGCUGCUGGAGCUGGAGAAGGAGUUCCUGUUCAACCGCUACAUCUCCAGGCCGCGUCGCGUGGAGCUGGCGCUGACGCUCGGCCUCACCGAGCGUCACAUCAAGAUCUGGUUCCAGAACCGGCGCAUGAAGUGGAAGAAGGAGGAAGACCGCAGGAAGGUCAGGGUUGCAGACCCGGACCAGGACUCCUCCAUCACCUCCGGAGACCAGGGGGAGGCCGCGGGAGGCGUCUCCUCCACAAACGGACCUCACGCCGCCUCGCCACCCGUGUCCCCGCUGCGCGCACACUCUCUGUCCGCUGCUGGGUCCCGAGAGACCGCGUAGGGCACUAACUAUGUAAAGGACGACCCAGAGAUACUGCAGGGACAUUUUUUUCCAAGAAAACAUGGAAAACCCCAAAUGCACAUUUUGAGAGGACUGGUAAAACUCAUAUUCCCCUUCUGCUGAACUUGUUGAUCUCCUCCAGGCGCCACUGCAGCCCCUCACUGGAUGUCACACUUGGAUCUUUCCGAUCUGGACUGAAGGGACAUUGCUUUAAUCAACUUCUCCAUGCACCCCCCCCCCCCUUCUGUUUUAGAAGCAGCAACAUGGAUUCAGUUGCACAAACUUGUUUCUCACCACAGAGAUGUGAGAGGCCUGUAUAGUCACCAUCACGCUAAUGAAUGUAAAUACACAUUAUAUGACUGUCAGGAAGAGGCUAAAUAUUUGCAAUGAUCGCAUGUGUAUAUAAGCCUAUAGUGUAAAUUCUAAAACUAUAAUCGAUGAUCCACAUAUUUUAUUGUUUAAAAGAUUCAUUUCACAGUAUGAAUAGGCUGUCGCACGUAAAUUUUGAAUAAAAGGAAUAUCACGACAUGUGUAUCUGAUAAACGUGCACAGGUUAGAUUCAAUAUAAACUCCAGUAGUUCAUGGAAACCCCAAAAUCUAUAUUUGAGAGGAUUGCUAUUAAGUCUGUGUCAUUCACAAGGCAGCUAACACUGGACGAUGUUUACUAAUGUCCCAACUCUCUGGGAUCAUCUUCAAGGACCACUGUAAGCCCCAUGGAUCUGAUUGGAUGUUGCUCAUCUGGACUGACGGGACAUUGCUUUAUCUUAUAUCUUAAUGUAAAUGUCACCACACCCCGUCAUUUCUGUUUAGAGGCUGCAACAUGAGACGUGAGAGGCCUGUAUUGUCCCCAUCAUGCUUAAGAAUGUUAAUAUACAGAACAUGACUGUCAGGUAGAAUAAAGUGUCAAACUAGAAUCAGUGAUGCACAUCUUUUAAUGUAUGUAUGAUUGGCACAUAAACAUUUGGAGUAAAACAAAAAGCAUGUGUAGGUUUGAUGGCACUGACAGGGCUUUCAGGGUAAUGGUGGGUCAUGGCUCAUGAGGCAUUGGAGACGCAGGCGGCAGAUCUUCUUCACUUCCUUGAUGAGUGCUCCUCACAAGACUCCCUGCUCAGGGUGCCCCUCUUGAGGUCCCUGCCUGCCAGGACAUUGAUACACCUGAGGAGGCCCUCUUUACCUGGACACACGUUACGACUCAGGUCUGUUAAUAGGAUGUCCAUCUGCUCCAUUACGCACAUAUGUAAUCUAUAUGCACUAAUAGCCCUUAUAAGUGCCACCAAACUAACUUUGGGGUUGAAAUAAAAAAUAUG